UCAGUUUCAUAGUAUUUCUGUCAGUCAGUUGUCGACCGAAGAAGACAUCGGCGAGCGAUGUUGCCCAGUGUGCGUUGUUAGCCUCCUCAUCCGAGUGAAAGUGGUGCGUUUUUCUUUCGAGACGGUGGUAUACAACAAAACAAUGCGAAUGCGGUUUUAAUUUUGUAGCUAAAUUUUCAUUUUGUGAAGAAAACCCAACUAAAAUACCUUCGCUGACAAGAAAAAUAAGCGAAAAUUAUGUAAAAAUAAAAUUGCAAACAAAUUGUGAUGAUGAAGAAGAAAAGUAAAUUGUGUUAAGUGGAAAAUGAAAUUUAUGUGAAAUUCCUUUUUUUGCUGCUCUGAAGGAUGGUGAUGAUGAAUACCUUUAAUUUUUUUGCAUAUCUGUGCUAAGCUACCUCUCCGCCUUACUAAAGUCAUUGCUGUUUUUACUCUUGAGCGUCUGUAUCGGCCGUUCUUCUUCUUUUUGCAUCAGACAUGGGUAAAAUGCCCUUAGUGGUGUAGUACGCGCUGCUGCUGCUGCUGACUGAAAUUUGUGUACACACUCAAACACACACACUUUUCGACAUACCUACAUCGGUAUCUGCGAAUGUUUUGAAAGAGAAUGAAGUUAUUUUGUUUUUGCUGCCACUGCCGCCGCUGUUGUUGUUGUAUUUAAUUUACAAUUUGAGCUGCUCUGUCCAAUCAACCAAACAGCCAGCCAGCCAGUCAGUCAGCCAACCAAUUCUAUGUGGGAAUGAAGUGUAUCUGUGGUUCCUCGUGAGUGUCGGUGUGUGUGCGCGUGAAAAAAAUUAAUUGCAAAAUAGAGAAUAAAAUCAAGCAAAAAAAAUUAAAUUAAGAAGCAAAAAAUAGUUGUGAAUUUGUGUCCAAAAAAGGAACCGAAAUAAAGAGAAUUAUUCAAAAGAAGUUUGAAAUUUUCCUUUAAAAUUGAAGUUGAAAACGAAAAUGUUGCCCAAUGCCUGAAAAAGCACCACCCUCCUCCAUAUGUAUUAAAAUAAUAUUAUUGGUAAAUGUUUAAAAAGCAACAACAACACGAAGAAAAAAAUACAAAUUACAAAAUUGCGGAAAAUUUUGCAAGAGAAACCUCAAUAAUUUUCCACUGAAUUGGAUUUGUGUGUCAUUAGUGAAAAACGGGUCUCCUCCAAACGUACCUUUUAGCCAUCAAGUGUCGCCGCCGCCUUCGACACAACAAAGUUCAGCUAUUCCACAUUUCCCAAGCUAUGUAGUGCAAGAAUCCACCGCCCUUCCCCUGACCACUUGCUCCUCCGCGUCCUCCUCCUCAUCGUCAAGCAAACCAAACCCAAAGAACCUUUUAAAGGGAACACAAAAAAAAAAAAAAUAAGAAAAACAAAUAAAAUUUUUGUUGUACGCGCCGCUAUAUCGAUCGGUGUGUGGUGGUGGCACAUUACGCUUUGCUACGUCACCCAGAAGAAACUGCUUUGCCGUGGGGCUGCCAGCCAGCUGGGUCGUCCGACUGGAGGACCUCUUGAAACGUUAAUCUGCCACAACAAACACUUGGCCCCCUUUUUUUUAUUUUGCAAAGCAAAGCUAAACAAAAAUAAAAACUCUGUGAAAUGUUAAGAACAGUCCAUUGUCUUUGCCAUAGAAAACCAAGAAACCUCAACGGCAGCAACAACAACAAGAACACCAACAACAACGAGAAAAAGGACUACAACAAUAAAAUUGUCAACCUUGUUUCAUCGUUUGAUGGCAACAAGACUACCACAGCCCAUGCUGCUGCUGCAACAUCAUUAUCCUCAUCCUCAGCAUUGCCGUCAAGUGAUGUUGGUAUACACAACAACUUAAACAGAACAACAACAACAACAAUAAAAACAAACAACAAGAUAUACAAAGCAAAACACACUUACGCUGGCGUAAGCUGUCGUUGUCGCUGUCACUGUCGCUCUACGAAAUUGGGGCUCAAUCGACGAAAGUUGUUCACAAGCAAUGCCGGUAAUUUUAUCCGGCAGCAGCCCUCUACUAACUUCGGACUCCGAUCCACAUCUCAGCUGUAACAGACCCACAACAAACCUCGCCAAAUUGGAAGUGCAGCAGCACCAUCGGCACUGAUACAAACGGAAUUCAACACCACCUGCCUGCCUGUCUUCAAAAGCCGUUAAAUCUCUACUCCUCCAGUUCUCUUCUGCUAUUCCUACUCAACUUUAAGUACUUAAAUUAAUGUGCAUCUAAGAUGCCUGGUCUUGUCGUUUUUCGAAGGCGUUGGUCAGUUGGCUCUGAUGAUUUGGUGGUGCCUGGUGCAUUCCUCCUAACUAUUCAUCUAAUUUGUUUAAUUACUGUUAUUGCGUCGCUCUGCACUUUUGAAUAUGACACCAGCAUUUUCGAUGUCAAGCUACUUUUUUAUCAUCAAAUAGGCUAUGCAAUUAUUUUAGGUGCCUCAUUGGCCAUAGAAAUUGGAAUAUGUAUUAUAUCGAUGCGCGGUAGUAUAUUGGACUCUGAGGUCCGGGCGCCAAUAAAUUUGUGGAUUUAUUUAAAGACUGCUGUAAUGCUAUUUGAUAUCUCUUGGUUAAUCCUGGGUUCAAUAUGGCUAUCCAAGUAUUAUUUGGAUUCUCCGGUUACUACACCAAAACAAAUAUUCUUUGCAAUUGUGAUCUCAAGCUGGGCUUUAGUUUUUAUAACUGGAAUAACAGUUUGGUGUACCUUCGAUACGGCCGGACGAUCUUGGGUCAAAAUGAAGAAAUAUCAACGAUCGAUGCGUGAAACAGAAUCUCGUUUUAAUUACAAGCGCAGCAACAGCAUGAAUCGCAAUUGGCGCCAAAGAAAAGUGAUACGAGCAUAUCAAGACAGUUGGGACCAACGGUGUCGCCUGCUAUUCUGUUGUAUGGGUUCCUCAGAACAGACUCGCAACUCUUUUACCGACAUAGCUAGGCUAUUGAGUGAUUUCUUCAGGGAACUGGAUGUUGUGCCAUCGGAUGUGGUGGCCGGAUUAGUAUUAUUGCGUAAAUUUCAGCGUCUCGAAAGAGAGGCCAUAGUGCGACAGAGAAAAAAUGGUACCUAUGAAUUUCUAAGCGGUGUGCCCAUAACUGAGCGCACACAAUUUCUUGCCUUGAAUGAUGCCAAAAACUAUGACUUCUUUCAAACGGUCAUACAUUAUAUGUACUUUGCUCAAGGUGCCUAUGGCUGGCCCAUGUAUUUUAUAAUUAAUCGAGCAAAAAUCUGUCAGUUGGUGCCGGAACUGAAAUGCUUUGGCUGUUGUACGGGCGGUGCUGGUGCCGCCGCCACCGAGCCUGAGGUUAUUCAGGACAAUUGUUGUUAUUGUAACUAUGCUGCCCUCAAAAAGACUCUACAAGUGGGAGACAUUGAAAUUGUUUAUGUCACAUAUCACGUGGACGUGGGCGAGACCCCAUUUUUCGUGGCCAUCGAUUAUACACAAAAGAAAAUCGUAGUUAGCAUACGUGGCACGCUGAGCAUGAAAGAUAUUCUCACCGAUUUGAAUGCCGAGGCAGAGGUGUUGCCACUCAAUCCACCACGUGAUGAUUGGUUGGGCCACAAGGGUAUGGUCCAGGCUGCGGUUUAUAUUAAAAAUAAACUUCAGGAAGAGAAUAUCAUUGAGAAGGCCCUGAAUAAGAAUCCCGAGAGAAAUACCAAUAGUUUUGGUCUAGUAAUUGUGGGUCACUCACUAGGAGCUGGAGCUGCUUCAAUAUUGGCGAUACUCAUGAAGCCAGACUAUCCAUCGGUGCAGUGUUUUGGUUACGCUCCACCCGGAGGGCUUUUGAGUAUGCCAGCCGUUGAAUACUCCAAAUCGUUUAUAACCUCUGUGGUGUUGGGCAAAGAUGUUGUGCCCCGCAUAGGUUUAUAUCAAAUGGAAGCCCUAAGGGCCGAUCUCAUAAAUGCUAUACAACGCAGCAUAGAUCCAAAGUGGAAAACAAUAUCAUGUUCAAUUAUUUGCUGUGGCUGUGGACCCGAACCAAAAUCGGUAUUGGAAAUGUCUGGCAAAGAUACCCACAUAAAUAAAUAUCAGGAGGAGCGUGGCACAGCUCGUUCGACGAGCACCCAUCCGACAGAUAGUUCAAUAGCUUUAACUUUACACCAACCCCUCUAUCCACCGGGGCGUAUUAUACACGUUGUCCGGCACCACCCGAAGGCCGAUGAGAAAAAAUAUGACAGAGGUUGGAGAAAUGUGCUGAAAAGUCGCGAGCCCGUCUAUCAGGCCAUCUGGGCAGAUACCACAGAUUUCGAUGAAGUUCUAAUAUCGCCCGUAAUGCUGCAGGAUCACAUGCCGGACAAGAUUUUGGCUGCCCUCAAGAAGGUGGUAACAACCAGUGGUCCACGAAAACCUCAUCGACAGGCAUCGAAUGCCUUCUCAAUGGCAUCGAAUGAUCUGCAGCGUAGCAACCAGGAUGUCUACAGUUGUUACAACAUUUCAAAUGCCGAUAUUCAUCAGCAGCAAGCCGACGGCAUGUCACAAACAUCACAUCAUACGGCCGAUACCCGAUCGAAUACAAGGACAAAUCAAACCGAGGCCCAAAUGCAUGCAACCCUCACAACGGUACAGCAACUACAACUUCUGCAGCAGCAGCAACAACUGCAGCUGCAACAACAACAAAGAGUAUGUUUAGAAACAUCAUUUACCAAUCUCCAUAGUCCCGUGAUGAUCCACAAACAUGCGCAUUUUAGUGAAAGUGUAAGCUCCAGUAAGGCCUCCUCGUUGGCGGGCAGUGUCCUCAGUCGUAGCCAGUUAAGCAGUAUCCAAUGCGAUAUAUCUUCCGUGGCUGAGAAUAGCAUAGCAACGGUGGCAAUGGCGGCGUCACGCCGAAGCCCCAUGGUAUCCAUUCACAGUAGUGAAGCCCACUCACAUCGGCUGGAACAACAGCAGAAUGGCUCUAGAACAAAGCAGGUUGCAUUUGAAGAUUUGUCGCCACCUGAGACGGCUGCCAUUACAACGGUUACCGGCAAUUUACAACGCCAUUCCUCGGAGAAGGGUCCAAACAGCGCCAGCAAACCAAAAUCUUUGGUAAUACCUCCUUUGCGCAGAGCCUCAGUGAACGAUACGGAUGAUGCCAACAAACAAAAGGCCGACAAUUGGGGUGUUGCCCCCUUGGCAAGUCCCGAGACCCUCUCAGAAAUAUCCAGCAUAUCGUCACGCAACAGCCUGGGCACAAGCCUCGAUCGUCAGCUGCACGAGGGAACGGCUGCGAGCGACUUGUCGAAAAAUGGUUGUGACAACAACGGGGGCAUGUCCAUGUCACCCGAGGAAGAUAUUUACGAAUCACAAUUACACACUCCCAAGGUGAUGCGCAGAGCACCGAAAUUCACCGAAAAUCUGUCGACAUGUGCCGAGGACAAACGUAAUUUGGACCAAUACAAACGAAUGGGCCGGGUAUUUAUUAGCCAUCCGCUAUUCCACCAUCAGCCAAGUCAGAACUCCAGCGACGAUGAUGACGACAGCUUUGAAUCGGCCAAUAGCUAUAAAAAUAAACCUCAGCAAAAUGGCGGAACCAUUCGAAUAGAAGUCGAGCCUAACUGCCAGCCUCAAUGUAAAUCCGAAUCGGAAAGGGAAAAAGAGUUGCACAUAACAACAAUGACUGAUGUCUCAAUAAAACAGUUAACAGCCAGUGGUGAUAGCAUUCUCUACGAUCAGGACGAUGAAGAAUCGUGCCAGAAAAAUACAAUAAAUAUUAUGUCCUCAUUGGACACCGGAGACUAUUAUAGUGCGAACUCAUCCAUUGAAAGAGUGUCGUCGGCAAAUCACAACAACGACGACGACCACUACGACAACAAUGAGGUGGAGGUGGACGAAGAAGACCUCAGAGUGUCUGCCAACACAACGGAAAACUAUCAGCAGAAUCACACCCAACGAAGUGUAACGAUUAUUCCUCCAGGUGUCUUAGAGUCACACUUUCCCCUGCACUACGACGCAUUUACAUCCACAGCCACAAUUGCCACAACGGAACCAUACACGACCAUCACCACCACAACGUAUACUCCUCCUCCUCCCCACAUGGCAAACAACGAUGAAGAUCAGCAACCGCAACCGCUACCACAACCACUACCACAAACACAGACUGUAACAGUACAAAGCCCUAGCAAAAUGUCGAUAUUAUCAAGUCCAUCAUUGCUUGGACGCAAACGAAACAAAUAUUGUAUAUAUCCCUCCGGACUCACGACGCCAUCGUGUAUUGUUGGUGGUGGGGGUGAUGUCAGUGUCAGACGACCACAAUACAAUACUGCCACCACCACCGCCACCGCAACUACAGGAUCCAAUUUACCUGAAAUUCUAGUAACAAAUGGUACGACCAGAAGACAGCCUAGUAGUAAAAUGUUAAACGAAAGUACGGUAUAAUCUAACUACACCGAAAACGUUCUAUUCACAAAGAUCCUAUGAAGAUAAUAAUAAUAAUUUCGAAUUGAUAAUAUGUUAUGUUUAACGAUCGGUUAUCCGUCCGACUAUAUAAUGAUAGCAAAUUUUUCAUUCGGCCUGAGGUGUUUCCAUUUAAUUUAUCUGCCAGCCGAUGAUGAGACCCAUAGUAGAGUUUGAUGACAACUUAAAAACAAAAUGGCCCCUUUGUCGACUAGCAUAAGGGUUAACAUUGAUUAUAAGACAAUAUAUACAUAUAAUCUAAGGACUCAAUAAAUCUUUAUCCGAAAGUUUCCAAAAAUGGGAAAGAGACUCUUCUCUUUCAGCUCUACUUCAAUUAUCUGCACAGUUUUCCGGUAAUUAUUUUUUGCCACUCAUAAGGAUUUCAAAUAAUUUUUUUUUUCCAAGAACUGAGUGACAAAUCUCACUAAAAGGCUCCUAUCGGGAUCCACUGUGCCAAAUUUACCUUGGCAUGACGUUCCUCGUUGCAAGCCGAGAACCACCCCAUAUCUUGAAGGACAUAUUCUGUUACCUUUACAAGAUUUUGUCGAAUGCAAUUAUCUCUUUCUCUUUGCUAAGUCAUUUUAUCCACAUUGCGCUUUGAAGUGUUAGUGGCAUACUUUCGUUAGGUACUCGACUCCCGGCGAAUCCAGCAGUUUCAGCAUUACAAUUGAUUCCGUCUGGGCCCAACGCUUUGGAUGAUUUAGCGUUCCGGACGACAUUUGCAACAUCACCCAUCGUAAACAGUGGUUGUUCCUGCUCGGCGGGAAGAGAUCUGACACGACGUGGUCCUCUUCACUUCGCCCUGUCGCUCUCGGGGUACUCAACAAAUUGUCGAUUGAAAUACUCUUCGGAUCAAUAGCGUUGCUUCGUCAGAAGUGACUUUGGUCCUAUCAUCCUUUUUUUCAGGGUUCGAGAGCGACUUUACCGUUACCCACAGCUUAUUCAUAUCAGUUUCAAUGUUGCAACACUUCAGAUGGUCUAGCCACUUUUUCCGCUUAUGUUCCUUUACAAACCGGUUGAUUUCCACUGUCAAAUCACUGAUGAUGUUUCGGAAAAUCCUUUCUGCUACCCGAACAUCAGAAGGGUUGGGCAGUUCUCUGAAGCGAUGGUUGGUGAAUUCUCUGAACUCUAGACAGCGAGUUUUCCCAUGGUUAAGGAAAGUGCGGCUUUCAGAGGCUUUGAAAUCGGGCGACUUGGUUAUGGAGAUUAUCGUCAUUUCUCACGUCAUUUAUCAGACCGGGUGACACUAUGGUUAAGUCUGGCGAAAUGUGACACUCUCCAUUUUUCGGGUGGGGGCAUCCUCGUAUAUCGUGCAGAAUGUGAGGCAGUCAAUCUGCUCUACCAGCGCUGAUCCCCUUUGGUCAUUACCUAGGACAAAAUGCCACAAAUUAUGGUGGGCAUUAAAUAACCUUGGCGGUUAUUGUCUGCCAACAAUGGGCUAAUAUUUGGCAAAUAACGCGGUUCACAGCUAUCAAUCGGCUCAUUAAGCACCUCUACCACACUUGACUACUACCUCCAUACAUUCCAUACAUGGGUCACUAGAGACUAGCUCAAGCGAAAUAGGUAUGUACUGAACAGAAUGGUGUAACGGGAACGCUAAUCCCCCAUCUCCACUUCUGCCUAACCACAACAACACUAUAGGCUGUAAUUCUUAUUCAGUUUGGUUUCUGGCACCGCUGCGUUCUUAAUAUUCCUCCGAUUCAUAAAUUCCACUAUCUCAUGUAUUUUGCCCCGAAGUUCCUUGCAAUUGAAUUGCAAGAACGGUGCACGAUCAGGAGUUGGAACAGCAACAUGUGGAAUAAUAUGAUGAUGCUGUGUUGGUUGCUGUUCUGGAGACUGCAGUGGAGUUCCAUACUCCGACGACGACUGUGAUGAGGACGACGAAGACGUGGACUAGCUGGGGACUACGCUACUGCAGCAUGUCGCAACAUAAUCAUUUCAUUGUAAUCUCGCAAACGCCUUAGUCCGGAACAGUUCCUAGAAUGCACCCAUUCUCUACAUCCACUACAUCGCACCGAAACAGAUUUGUGGUGGAUGACGUACUGACAAACCGAGCAGAAUCAAAGACCCAGGUUUUCCUCAAUCCCGACACGGAUCAAUAAAAUCCGGAGAAAGCAUUCCGGGAUAUGCUGCUACAAAUGCAGAAAAAUAGACAAAUUCAAACAUGUACAACUGGGUUGGCAACCGCUGGCCGAAACUGGAAUGUUGUUGUUUCGGGUUAAUCCGAUAUCGUAGAAGCCACUGCCGUGGAAUUGGAUUCUGUUCAAUAGUUUGUGGUGACGUAUAGUGAUUGGAGGAAGACACUUGGAUUGUUGAGGCAUCAUUAGCUUUCUCUUUAUAAGUUGGUUGAACUAGAUACUGAUGACAUAUUUCAGAUUACAAAAAUACGGCUAUCUGAAAUAAAAAUCAAUUGCAAGAUAAUACAUAUUUUGCAGUUGCAGUGUGAAACAUUUCCGUUGGGAUACAUACAAUAUUCGGAAAAUAUCCAACAGUCGUGUAACUUCUACAAUAUUUUAUUUUUUUGUGUCGUCGAAACAUUUCCUAAUGCAACAUUUUCAACACGUCUCGACACAUUUGUCAUGGUAUUUUCACUCCAUAUGGAAUCGCCAAAAGCGUUUUCUUCAAAAACAACCAACUCCAAGUCAACGAAUUCAACUACUGACCGUUAAACUUAACAUUUGUUCAAAUCAAAUAUUGAAUCUAGGUUUUUUUCCACACUGUCCUAUUCUAAUCUGAAAACACUCUAGUCCUAAUUGUAGUCUAUAGCAUAAACUAACUAGUUAAAAUGUUUAGGACAUUGUUUGUUAUAAAAAAAGAAACAAAAAGAGAAAAUGAAACAAAAUACUGUAGUUGUCAAUAUUUUAACUCUACACCUACAAAUCAACCAAACAACCAACCAACCGAACAGCAACCUAUAAAACUUAAAUGUAUUGAGAUUAUUCUUAUUAUUAUGACUAUUAUUAUUAUUACAUUUAGCUAGUUAUAGUUGUAAGCAUACUGUGCGUAUACGUUUAACAGUUGUGUGCAGUAUGUAUAGUUAUACAAUACCUACUACAUACCUACCUAAACUAACUCAAAGAAUGAAAAGAGAAAACACUAACAAACUAUCAAUGGAGGGAAUCGAAGGCCAGAGGAAAGGUGUCAUGUUUCGCAGUGAAACCUGACAUUUCUCCAUUGGCGUUUCGCACCACCCUCCCCCUAACACCUAACACGAAACCAAUUAAAGUAACUAAAUAUUAGGAAAAUAUCAUAAGUAGAAAAUUUACAAAAACAACAAAAACAACAUUACUUAGGAAAUGUAGAAGUAACGAAUUUGUUGAACAAGUGAUAAUGCCAUCCGUUUUUUAACAUAGUUGCGCGUAAUAAUUAAUAAACACAGACAUACACACAUACUCAUAUUAAGAAAUUAGAAAAAAAAUAAAAGAAAGAAAACAAAGAAUUCUCCCGUCCCGUGUCCAUGUCCUUUUACCCAAAACAUCCAAAAAUGAAAAGUAUUAAAAGAUCUCAUAAAUUUCGAUAUUUUUGAAAGUGUACAGCAGUUGUGAAUCGACAAUUUUAAGAGUUAACAAAUAAUUCUUAAUAACUUUAUUUUGACUUGAGGUCAAUUGAAACACCAGGGUUUAUUUUUAUAUUUUGAUUUUUAUUUUCCAAUAUUUCAGUCUUCAGUCAGUCGAAAUAUUGGAAAAUAAAAAUCAAAGUUAGAAAAAUAAAACACUUAUGUUUCUACUGACCUCAAGCUAAAAUGAAGUUAUUAAGAAUUCAUAUACAGGGUGAGAUAAAAAAAUUAUAAAAAUUUAUUUUUUUAAGUUUUAUUGAAUGAAAGCAAAAAAAUACGGAAAUAGCAUCAAAUUUUAGAAUAAGUUCAGAUUUGUUCUAAUUGGUCAGCUUUGACACGAAUUAUGGUCUUCAAACCGGCCAAUGAAACCGUCACACGCUGCCCAAAUGUUGCUCUGCGGUACUUUCGCCCAUUCCCGGCGAAGGAUUUGCUUGAGGUGAUCGACAUUUUGGUAUUUUUAGUGCCAACCAUGCAUUCCAGAAUACUCCAGACACAAUAGCCCAACGGAUUGGUAUCCGGAGAUUUUGGUGGCCAUUGUGCGCUGAAAAUGAAGCGAGGAACCUAAUUUUUUACCAAUUUUUGGGUGACGCGUGCUAAAUCCUGUUGGAGUGUCCAAGGUCUGCGUCCAAAAUGUUUGCGUGCCCAAGGCUUUAAUACACCCUCCAGAAUAUUUUCUCGAUAAUAUUCGACGUUUAUUCUGAUGCCACGGUCGAUAAAUACGAGUGGAGAGCCACCAUCGCCUGUUAUGGCGGCCCACACCCUCACCAUAGCCGGCGCUUGAGUUCUGAUGGCCAACCGAAAGUGCACAUUUUCAGCUGACCUGGCUGGACAACGAAUUUUUUCUCAUCGGAGCGGAGAAAACCAAAUUCGGCAGUUCACCACUUUCGGCCAAACGAAGUAAUUCUUUAGCUCUUUUGAGUCUAUUUUCUUUCUGUUGCGGUGUAAGUUAUUGCACUUUUUGGAAUUUCAAUGGCUUUAACCCGAGCUCAAAUGGAAUAUUGCGAUAUGUUCAGCUCACGAGUUCAGCUUACGGUAACGAGCGAUGGUACGAGACUGAAAAGAUUUAUUCCCAUUUAAAUGCCGAAGUGCUGUAACGAUAGCCACUUGUAUUUUUCCAGUCAAAUAUAAAGAAAUCACACUAUCAAUUGAAUUCCAUCACAAAUAACUUUUUUUUUCUAGAAAAUUCUCACCAAAAUGCUUUUGUACGCUUGUAAACAAUAUAGUAAGCUGUCACUGGAAUUAUUUUAACAGCUGUCGGACGAGUGACUUAGAAUUUGCAGCAGCCUGAAGUUGGUUGCAAUUAUUUCAUCUCACCCUGAACAACAGGUCAACAAUAAAAAACAAUAACAGUUAACAAAUAAUAUAUUGAAAUCAAUGGACAAAAACCCGUCUCGAUGAUAUAUUAAAAAAUUCUUAUAAUUGAAAAAACUGUUCCGAAUCUCUGUAAGAAUAUUAUCAUUUAAACUUGUCCAUCUCGGUGACUUAAGUCGGAUACAUCGAUAUUAGGAUAAAUAUUUGAAUGAUUCUAAAACAAAGUCUGAAAACCCCAAUAUUUAUUCUUUAAAUUCAUCUUUUUUUAAGUGAACUCUUUCAAAAUGGCGUAUGUGACCCUACCUUAAAAUAGCAUAUGCUUGUAAUAACACAAUCGUAAAAAUUCACAACUAAUUUCCUCUUAGUUAAUCAUUUAAUAGGCUCAGUUCCACAAAUUAACUGAAUUCUUAAUAAAGUAUUUUAGUAUUCAGUAUUUAGCAAAAUUUUCCAAUAUUUUUUCUGGAGACAUUGUGUCGAUUUUCUUCUUUGUCGAAACGAAAUGAGAACAAAUUUAAAUAUUUUACAUAAAUUGAUGACUGUGAUGUGAAUGGAUCUCCUCAUAUAGAUUUUAAAAUGCAAAUGUAUAUAUACAGAACAAACAAUACAACAAAUAA